AAAUUAGAAGACACAUUAUUUCAUUUAUUCAACCACCCAAUAUAAUUCUUCGUUUUAGUUCAGGCUUCGGCUUUUGACCGUCUUUGUCAAUUAUUAUAGACAUUUGCCGAACAAUUCGUCGACCGGGUUCUUGACGUCCCGUCGACGCUCUCGAAUAUGAUUUUACAAAAAAUGUUAAGGUUCACUACGAACCAAUUGUCUGGAUGUGCUGCUUCAUUACCACAAGUCAACAAUGUUAGAGGCAUUAAGAAUUUUAAACCUCCAAUUCUAUAUGAACAUAUUCAGAUGCCAGAAAGGCCUAAGCUCCAUUACAUCGACAGGGUACCAAAUUACAGUAAUUCUCAAAUAAGGCCUCCAAAAAUGCAUAAAAUGUUGGGUUUGAUGAGGGGACCUGAAACAGUUCACAACAAACUUAUACAUAAACAGUACGGUAUUCAGGCAACUGGUGGAGGCCGAAUGAGAUUUAUACACUUUGAAGUUAUUCGUAUGGGCUUACUGAGAAAAUUGGACUGGUCCAGAAUGUUUGCAAUUUGGAGAAUUGAUUCACCAUGGCAAGCUGUUACCAAAAAGGGCCAAGGGCAGAGAAUGGGUGGUGGAAAAGGUAACAUAGAUCAUUAUGUAACUCCUAUUAGAUCAGGCAGAAUUAUUAUUGAAAUUGCUGGUCAUUGUGAAUAUAUAGAGGUAAAAGAUAUAUUAAGCAAAAUAUCUGCUAAACUGCCAUUUAAAGCCAAAGCUGUUAGCCAAGAAACUUUGGAAUGGGACUUAGCCAAAGAAAAGUGGCAGAAUGAAAAUAAUCAGAAUAAAUAUACCAUGGAAUAUCUAAUUAAAAAUAACAUGGAUGAUUUACAACGAAAAGUUAAAAAAAUUGAUCAUUUAUAUUUUGGAAAAUAUGUAUAAGAUACAAUGUGUUAAUAGAUAGUUGAAACCUAAAUGUAUAAUUUUGAUUUGUAUAAAAUAAAAUAAUUUGUAUUAAUGUUGAAUAA